AUAUUAAUACUGUGUUUCCUUCUUGAUCAGUUUUCGGUAGAUACUCUACAGUUCCUGCUGUUCUUGUACGUUCAGCAACUAAACAAGGUUUCUCUGAGGACAUCUUUGAUUGGUGAAGAGUGGCCAAGUCCUAGGACCAGAUCCCAGUCUUCCAGUUUGAUUGGAAAAUCCACCUGUCAAAACAAGAAUUGGAAUGACCUGGAGCACCAAGCCUUUGUGCUGAACCACCUCUUGGAUUUGUUGGAACUGCUACUGGAUCCAGACCAGCUCACAGCUUCCUCUCACUCCACCCACAGCAGCCUAGUCUCCCUUGAAGCUGUUCGAGCGCUCAGCUUCCUGAUAGAGGGGUCUCUGAACAAAGCCAAAACUGUCCACCCCCUGCAUGAACUUGCACUCUGGCAGCCCUUUCAUGUGAAGAAUGGCUAUUCCAAGAUCUCCAGAACUUUCUCUUUUCCCAAGCUAGAAGGCUGGCUGAGGUCCUGCCUGACUGUGAACCCAUUUGGAAUGUCUGCCUGCCUCAAGUCUGGGAAAAAAUUGGCAUGGGCACAGCAAGUUGAAGGAACAACUAAGAGAGCAAAGAUUGCCUGCAAUGCCCACGUGGUCCCUGAGGCUUACCGCAUAGUGGUGAUGAGUCAGGUCUACAAGCAGACUUUGGCCAAGAGCUCAGAAACCCUGGAGGGUGCUCAUGUAAGGAUUCAUCGCUGCAAUGAGUCCUUCAUAUAUCUGCUGUCUCCUUUACGGUCUGUGACUAUCGAGAAGUGCAGCAAUAGCACCUUUAUUCUGGGCCCUGUGCAGACAGCCAUUCACAUCCACAGCUGUGACAAUGUUAAAGUCAUUGCCGUCUGCCACUGUCUCUCUAUCUCAUCUACUACUGGCUGCACUUUUCACAUCCUUACACCUACACGCCCUCUCAUCCUGUUGGGUAACCAAGCAGUAACUUUUGCCCCUUACCAUACCCAUUACCCGAUGCUUGAGGACCACAUGGGUCGAACAGGCCUGGCUACAGUGCCUAACUACUGGGACAGUCCCAUGCUGGUGUGCAAAGAGAACAGCAAUGCAAGUGUCUUCCGGCUCUUACCAUCCUCCGAAUUUUACACCUUUGUUAUUCCUUUCGAGAUGGAGGGAGACACAACAGAAACGCCUGGUGGGCUUCCAUAUGCUUAUCAGAAGGCACUGAGACAACGAGAGCAGAAGAUUCAGGUUUGGCAGAAAACUGUGAAAGAGGCUGGACUGACCAAGAGUCAAAGGAAGCAGUUCCAGGUACUAGUGGAAAACAAGUUCUAUGACUGGCUAAUUUACACAGGACUUCGUCAGCAACUGGACAGCCUUGUGCCUCCUGCAGCAGGCUCAAAGCAGGCAGCGGGGUAGGAUUCUCUUCACUAACAGAAGGAGUUCUGAAGACAGAUGAUGACAAACCACAGUCAGUUCCUAGUGACUGCUUUGGGGCCAGGCUAUUUUGUUGCCAAUGAAUUAGGAAAUUCAAAGCCUCCAGCUUCAGUGUGAACUGGCCUCUUUUCCUCGUUAAAAGAUCAUGGCAUCACGUUGCCACCUUCCAGGAUUUGGGAUAUAUGAAAAACUUGUUUCAUCAACCCAACCCAACUUCUAGGGAAAAACAUAAAUGAAGGACUGUGUGGUACAAGACAGUGGUAGAGAAGCAAGCCUGAACCUGGCUGUCAGCCCCUUAGGAGGCAGCUGGCAGAAUUCAGCAGUCUUGGCCUGAACAUAUCCAGUAGAGGAGGCAGUUCCUGGUGUGAAGCUGGUUCCAUGAUUGUGACUUUUGGGAGCACCUUUUUAUGGCAGAGCCUGCUAUGUUUUUAUAAACUUCAGAACAAAUGUUUGACUACCCAGCGUGUAAAAUUCAGUAGAUAUAUUUUUAUAUAGAGAUGAGUUUAGCAGUUGAACUAUGACAUUUCAUGAAAUCUCCUAGAUCUCUUUGUUUCCUGCUGUUUUCCACUAAAUUUUAAUAAAUUGAAUUCUGAGACAA